UUAAGGUUUCGUUUUCCUCGCUGUUGAUGACUACCAUCGAUCGCGAUCAUCCAAUGUGUCCAAGCGUAGCGGCCUGGGCUACAGCUGCGGCCUCACUGCCAUUGAUGAUCAUCUGUGGCUCGGUCUAUACUUUCGGCCUGUACUCAGAGCAGCUCAAAUUGGCGUUGGACUUGAGUCAGUCCCAAUUGACGUAUCUGUCUCUGGCGUUCAAUGCUGGCAAUGGCUUAUCAAUAUUCGGAGGACUGUUCUGCGACAAGUACGGACCUCGGCCCACUAUACUCGUUGGCUCUAUACUGAUUGCCGCUGGUUACAUUUUGGUAUGGCUCCCUAGUAGGCUGGGGAUCUGGAUACCGCUACCGCCGAUACUAUGUUUCCUGUGUGUUGGGCAAGGAGUGGGAUGGAUGGAUACCGCACUGGUCUCGACUAAUACCAAGAACUUCCCGUGGCACAGAGGGAAGGUUGUCGGCAUCGUUAAAGCGUUCUAUGGGCUGAGUGCAUCGUUUUUGGUAUGUGUCACAGCGACGUUCUUAUCAAAUAACCCUCUUGAUUUCCUUCUCACCGUGGGAGUAGCGGCACCCAUCAUCGCAGUUAUUGGUAGUCGUUUUAUAUUCGUUGUGCACGAAGACGUUAGUGUGGAGUAUUACGCCUACCAUCGAUGCUUCGUAAUAUCGUAUAGUAUGCUCACUGUAUUGGCCGUAGUAUUGACGAUCUACUCCCUUGCUCCCGACGUCCUGCCGGGGAUUGUGGCGUUUGGCAUCUCGUUGGCUGUGCUUAUCCCAACAGUACUGUACCUCCCGUCGGCAGUUAAAACAGAUGUUCGGUCCUUGAACGACCCCAGAGCCAAGACUGAUCCCUUGUUGGAGCAGGAGCCUCUCGAGGAGAUGUUAACCAGUGAUAGAUGCUGUUUUAAGCGUGUAGAUAAUGGUCCAGCGACUAUGCUCACUGGAGUGUUCUGGUUGUAUUUCGUGGCCCUGCUCACUGGUUUCGGUGGUGGACUUACUGUCAUCAACAACUCAGCUCAAAUAGGCCUGGCCGCAGGUCUCAGUAAAGGAGCGGUCACGAGUAUGGUUAGCAUGAUAUCGAUCGGGAACGCUGCUGGGCGUGUGUUGAGUGGAAGGCUAUCCGAUGCCUUAGUGGUUCGGCCAUGGGCUCUUAUGUUUGGUCUGGUCCUCAUGAUCGUCGGAUAUGCGAUGGCUCUGCUUGGGCUAGUCUUGGCUGGAUGUGCAGUGGUGGGCAUGGCUUAUGGUACAUUCUGGUCGCUGAUGGCUGCUAUCUGUGCUGAGUUGUAUGGUCGUAGUCAUCUGGCUUCAACGUAUACUCUCAUCCAGAUAGCUCAGGUUACGGGCUCCUUCUUGCUGGCUUCGCUCGUCUUCGGACGCCUCUAUGAUGCGGAUUCUUAUUUCGAUGGGAGCAAGAAGGUCUGUGUAUCAUCUGGCUGUUACUCCACGAGUUUUAUCAUCAACAUCGGCUGUUUACUAGUCGGCUGCGUUGCUACGUUGUGGAUGAUCAACCUUACAAGCGGAUUCUAUAGAGUCCUUCAUACGACCAAGCGAGCGCUCCCGAAUAGCCCUGCUUCAUCGAGAUUGCUGACUUCCCCGGGCCCGUAAUUUUGGAUCUUCCUGUUUCUGUCGAGGUCGAUGAUUGAGCGGAGCGGAGCAAGAUUUGAUUUUUUUUACUGAAUGUACUGUGGCUGCACUUGCCAACUUGCAUCAUGGCUAUAAGCAGGAACUACACUGGCCUAGUAGUUGGACGUUUUUAUCAUGUUUUAUCGCGUGUGACGCACUCGAGUAUAGUGGAACAUACUUUUUAUCAGAAAGUCG